CACUAUAGUCCUCUAGGUGGCGCAAGUUGUCUUUAAAUCUAUUGAUAACCGAAGAAAAAACAAUCCGGCUGCCAAUUUACGUGAACAUCGAAUUUCCUGUCAUUUAACAAAUUACAGAUGUUUAUCAAAAUGUCAUUGUUUCUCUUGAGGAUCAGUCUUUUGAAAAAAUUACACGUUGGUAAGUAGUUUUACAAAUGUUUAUGUUAACUCACUGACAGCAUGAGCUAAAAGAACGAAUUGUUGCUGCUGUUAUUAUCCAUUUUCUGUGACUUUUUCUCUGCCAAACUUUCGUUUUAAAGCCAUCAAGAUGUCCCGGUAUGUCACUAGGACUCAAGGGGAAUUAGCGGGCUGGCGUGAGCGCGCCGAGCUAAGCCCAGGGGGUGUCGGGAGCGCGUGCGGAUUGUCCUCCAUCUCGGGCCCACGCCAGUGCGCACCUCGCGCUUCUUCUUCUUAUCAUCAUCAUCACAAUUAUCUUCCAUAUCCACGCUGCAGCCAUCUGAUCGUCCACGAGCACUAAGGGAUGAAACGAAAAAGGCCGCAUGUCCCUCGUCACAGCAAUGAGUGAGUCGUCGUCCGUUCACUCUGCAAAGCUCGUCUCGUUGGCCCGCUCGUUGACCGGACUUGGCCUCGACGCCACCAACGGGGGCCCCCCCACAGUCGGCCUGCCUGACAACGACGAGCCUGCUCCUUCGGAGUCCGGCAUCGACCUCGGUCCAGGGCUCUUUUUCGCUGACGGCAAGAGGAAGGUGGAUUAUGUGCUGUGCUACAAAUCCAAAAAAAGGCGGGCAUUCAAAGGACGCCUCUCCAUCUCGUCCAACGGCAGCAUUCCCAUCCCCAUUCCGGGUUUAUGGGAAAUGGACCCCGACUCCGGAGAGGCGGGAGGACCUGCUCCGGGAGACGUAGAGGACUCCAAGCUGACCGAGGAGGAGAAGGCUCUUAUGAGGGAUGAGUUUGAAACCGGGCUCCUUGAUGCCGGACUGCAGAUCGAACGCGAUAAAGAGAGGCCAAACGGCAUCAGCUUUAUCCGGCUGCACAUCCCGUGGACAAUACUCAGUCGAGAGGCCGAGCUUCAGAAGAUUAAAGUUGCUGUCAAAAAGAAAUGUGAGCUGCGGAAAAGGGCAGGCAUCGCAGGAAUGUGGGACUCUUUGGCAGCAAUAAUGAACACGCCGUUCCAGCCGGACGUCCCCGAUUUCGACGUCCGGCAAGACCCGCAGACGCAAGCCCGUUUUAAGACGCUCAAACAUCCUUUCAUCAGAGAUAAGCUCCACCUGUAUGACAUCACAUCGACGGAAAAUGUCUUUGAUAAUGCGACACGCAGCAGAAUAGUUGCAGAGAUUAUUUCCCGCACAACCUGCAGACACUCCUGCCAAACCACCGGCAUCAUGUCCUUAGUGGCUCGGGGCGUCUACAUCUCUGCCUUCCCUUUGCAUGACGGCCCGUUUUCCAGAAGAGGAGGUAAAGAUCAGCGAAAUGACAGACAGGUUCUCCAUGAAGAAUGGGCAAACUAUGGAGUCAUGCACAAAUACCAGCCUGUGGACCUGAUCAGGAAGUACUUUGGGGAGCAGAUUGGGUUGUACUUUGCCUGGCUGGGUGUUUACACGCAGCUCCUCAUCCCUCCGUCCGUGCUGGGCAUCAUUGUUUUCCUCUACGGCAUCUUCACCGUGGACACCAAUGUGCCAAGUCAGGAGACGUGCGACGACAACCUGAACAUCACCAUGUGUCCGCUGUGUGACGGAGUAUGCGACUAUUGGCGGCUGAGUUCGGUGUGCUCGCUGGCCAAAGCGUCCUACUUGUUUGACAACGGAACCACCGUUCUCUUUGCCAUCUUCAUGUCUCUAUGGGCUGCUUGCUUCCUGGAGCACUGGAAACGGCGUCAGAUGUGUCUAAAACACACCUGGGAUCUGACCAGCUUGGAGGAUGAGGAGGAGCGAGUCCAGGAAGAGCUGAGGCCCGAAUAUGAAGAAGCGUUACAGGAGAAGAAAGCCAAAAUGAAAGCCAAGUGGACAACGAAGCUGACUCAAAGUGGGGACGGAGUGGACGGAGAGAGGGACCAGAUGCUUUCCCACCAGCUAGAGCCAGAGUCCCUGGAUAUCGAGGAUCACUUGGCAGGUUACCUCAUCAACGUGUCCACACUGCUGCUGCUGGUUUUUGUUACUUUCUCUGCCGUGUUCGGGGUGGCCGUGUAUCGCAUCUGCAUGUUAAGCGUGUGGUCCAUGAACCCCGACCCCGAGGCUAAAGCCAGCGUGAGGAUGACGGUCACCACCACGGGCAUCAUUCUCAACAUGUUAGUGGUGCUGGUGUUGGAGGAAGUCUACGGAGCCAUUGCUGUGUGGCUGACUGAGCUGGAGCUCCCAAAAACGCAGGAAGAGUUUGAGGAGAGGUUGAUCUUCAAGUCUUUCUUUCUCAAAUCCAUGAACGCCUUUGCACCUAUUUUCUAUGUGGCCUUCUUCAAGGGCAGGUUUUCCGGUCGGCCUGGAGACUAUGUUUACGUCUUUAGCGACUACCGCAUGGAGGAGUGUGCGCCUCCAGGCUGCCUCAUCGAGCUUUGCAUCCAACUCAGCAUGAUCAUGCUGGGAAAACAACUUAUUCAAAAUAACGUGUUUGAGGUUCUCAUUCCUAAGUUAAGGAAGAUGUACAGAACCAUACAGGAGCAAAAAGGCAAGCACAGAAGCGCCGAGGACGAGACGGAUGAAGACGAAGAGAAGAGAUCCAAACAGCAGUUCCAUAAAGAUUUCGCCCUGGAGCCCUUUGAGGGCGUGAGUCCGGAAUACAUGGAAAUGAUCAUCCAGUACGGCUUUGUGUCUCUGUUUGUGGCUUCCUUCCCGCUGGCGCCCGCCUUCGCUCUGCUCAACAACGUCAUCGAGAUCCGCCUUGACGCUGCCAAAUUUGUGACCGAGAUCCGGCGGCCGGAUGCUGUUAGGUGUAAAGAUAUAGGAAUAUGGUACAACAUUCUCUGUGGGAUCAGCAAAUUUUCUGUCAUUACCAAUGCGUUCGUCAUCUCCUUCACGUCGGAGUUUGUGCCUCGCAUGGUGUACCAGUACAUUUACAGCGGCAAUGGCACCAUGAACGGCUACACAGAGCACUCCCUCUCCUACUUCAACGUCACCAACUUCCCGCCGGGCACCGCGCCCAACACAACAGUAUCUGUGUGCAGGUAUAAGGACUACAGGGAUCCACCAUGGGCACCGGAUGCUUACACCUUCUCGAAACAGUAUUGGUCUGUUCUGGCUGCAAAACUGCUCUUUGUCAUAUUCUUCCAGAACCUCGCCAUGUUCCUUAGUAUGCUGGUGGCCUGGUUGAUCCCCGACGUGCCGCGGUCACUGCGGGAGCAGUUGAAGAAGGAGAACAUGAUGCUGAUGGAGUUCCUGCUCAAUCAAGACCAGGAGGCCCACGCUACGUCGCUCUCCACCAAAGGCUCCGUCUUCCCCGUCCCUGCCAACAUUGACAUUGUGGUGGAGGCACCGUCAGAGCACUACCAGGUCCAGACGGAGGUGGAAGAGGUCCAGGAGGAGGAGAUGGUGAAGGUGGAGGUUGACGUAGCUGAAGAGGAGCCCAGUCGGACUCGUGAUAGUGACUCAGAUGCCAGCGAUACUUUUGAGGAUGUCCUUGGAACGGGAGAUGAAGAGCGAGGACGUGAGGAACAAGGCGAGGAGAAAGCAGAAAGGUCAGAGGAUGAAGAGGAGGAAGUAAAAGUAAAUGACGGAGGUGAGCAAGAUGAACAGAAGGGCGUACCUCAAGGGGAGAUAAAUGAAAACGCUGCAUGUGAGGAAGACAGUUCCAUUGUGGAUUUGGACGCCCUCAUGAUUCAGUUGGGCCUCGCAGAUGGAGACGCCUCAUCACUCAAAGAUACAGAGAUCCCACAGUCAAGCUUCAAAGAAGAACUUCCAUCCAAAAGAGCUUCCUGCCAGUCACUGAGCAGCCCCAUGGCGGAAUUAGCACCCUCCCACACGGACGCGAGGCUCUUUGCGCCCAUCGCUCCUCCGGGGGCCAAGACCCGCUGCUCCACCCUGCCUUCACGCCGCCAAGGGGCGGAGAUGUGUUACAGCCUGCCGAGACCCAGCAGCCUCUCUCGAUUCCAUCAGCAGGCGUCCCUCGUGCCGCUGGUCUCCCUCCGACCUUCGCCGUCAGCCGAGCCCAAGAGCGAAUCCCCGCGGCAACCCCCCAGCUCCGGCGAACUCUUCUCUCUCAAAGGCCCCCCUCCACCUCAGCAGCCUCGCUCAAGAGACAAAGCCCGGUGCUCCACCCUGCCCUCCAGACAAAGAACCCCCGAAUCGGAAGAGCGCCCUACCAAACCGAGCCAAUCCAUCAGCUUCACAAAGCUGGGAGACCGAGUGGCCCCUUCCCCCAGUGAACUUAAACGCAACACGGCAGUAUGAGAGAAAAAAGAUGGGGUGGGGAUGAGGGGGACAAUCCAGAUUAUUAUCUUGUCUGUGCCUGGAGCCUCACCUGCCCCCUUAUUUCCUAAAUAAGACCCUCCUUAUCUUUUUCAAUUGUUUAUACAACAGAAAGACAAUUCAGAGAUAGCGAUGCUCCGAAAGGCCCCUUGCCGCUCAACACUGGAACUCUUUUUACUCUUCUUGUUGUUUUUUUAUCCCACAGAUGCAGCUCAAAUAGCUUCCCCCUCCUUCUCCACGACGCUCAGCUUUCCCAAUACGUCUAUAGAAGAGCAUGGGAGCUAUACAAUCGGCAGUUACGCUCGUAGAUGAAAUGUUGAUUUAUAGAGGUUUUGAUAUACAAAAGAAGGCAAAAAUGAUAAUAAAAGAACAACAUAUUUUUA